CAGGUUGAGCUUACACGAUACAGAAGAAACUGGUUCAACGCACGCCCCGGACGAUGCGGUGAUGAGCAGCGUCAGCAUGAGCGCCUUAUACGCCAGCGCGAUCUUAUGGUACAUUGAUCAACAAUGCCUGAACGUCGGCGAUGAAGCUUGGGUGGUGCUCGCAGGCAGACGAUCGCCUGAUCUGCAGGGGGAAACCACAGCGUAUCCCGCGAUACGUAUGGGGGAUUUGCGGGGCCUGGCGGAGCUGGACGUCAACGCUGCAAACGACGUGUUCCACCGGUUUCUGGGCCGCAGUGGAGAGUACUACCGCGAAGGGGCAAGCCCAACUCCUCGUGGGUACCUUCUGACGAUAUUUGCGGCCAUCGCAGGACUGUUCGCCCUGGGGGUCUACUGCUACUAGCGAUGACGAUCGAACCGCAACCGGGAGCUGGAAAGCGCUCAGUAUUGACGCCUUAGAAAUGUGUUAGACAGUAUGAAGGGGAAA